AAAAACUGCACCCAUUGUCUUUGGCGAGUACCAGCAAUAAGUGAUCAAGACAGAAGCAUCGCUUCCUACCUUUCUCCGGCCUCUCAGACUUCUACGGAAGAAGUAAUCAGACCAAAUGAUUAUCCCCGUCCGCUGUUUUUCUUGCGGCAAGGUUGUCGGAGAUCUCUGGGAACGUUAUCUUCAACUUCUUGAUGAGGGUAUACCCGAUGGUGACGCCAUGGAUCAGCUUGGAUGCAAGCGGUACUGUUGCCGCAGAAUGAUCAUGACCCAUGUCGAUCUGAUAGAGAAACUUCUGAGAUAUAAUCCUACUGAAAGAGACCGAGCGAAGAACCAAAUAUGAAUUCGAGCUUUACUCGCACAUCCAUAAGUGGGGAAAUAUCUCUGUUGCUUCCUCGUAUGGUCCAAUCAAUACAUUCACGACCUUGUACAGAACCAGAAUCCGCUGCCAGAGAUCGUUGGCCUACAAUGGGUUAUUUGCACGGCAUUGCUAGAGGAUGGACCGUCCAUAUAUUUCAUCUUCCUUCUCUCUGUUACCUACUCCUCCUCGCUUUGCUUGGUUUUUCCUGGACUCUAUGAAGAUGUCGGCGUUUGAUUUGGAGUAUUAUCACGUCUUGCCAGCUCCAUCAUGGUGUGACAUGUUAACCGCAAUCGUUGAGUACACUGGUUGCACUCAUACUUAUAGCUAUUUCUCUGUCUGCGGGUGAAGAAUAGCUACAUAUCUCUGCGCUCAGUGGCUUGGCCAACUUGGUCUUAUUGGUUAAGAAUGAUCGAGUACGGACUGGCUAUCAUGUAUAUCAGAGCAGCUAAACUUCUAUUAUCGACUUCACGGUUUAAUUGAUCGAUAUUAUGAAAUGCAGAGAGCAGUAUGGCACCAUUACCAUGCUUGGCGGCUAUUAUACUUUGUUCCAGAACCACCGGCAGGUAACCCUGGGUGCCCUGUAGGUACAGCUAAUCUCCAUAGGGCACCUGGUCUAGUCUCGAAACAGUACUACUAGUACAUAUCGACCGCAAAUUCUCGUGAUUUGCAAGGGACGAAUGAGAUCAAUUGCUGCGUCAACUCCCAG